AUGGCUUCAACAGGUUAUGGGCCCAGCAGAGAAUCACGCUGGUCAAGGUUGACUUUCGAUGGAAAACAAAGCAAUUACGAACUGUGGGAAGCGAAAUUCCUCGCGCACAUGAGGUUAUUAAAACUAAAGGAUACUAUCCUGCCGUCAGAAGAAGAGGCUAACGCAACAAAGAACGAAGAAUGCCACGCCGAGUUUAAUAUACAUUGUUUUUACGACACCAGUCUGUCAUUG